AUGUCAGCUCCUUGCCUGGACUUUGGGGAGGUGGAAAGUUUCCUGGACAGGCAUCCAGAGCUCUUCGAAGACUAUUUGAUGAGGAAGGGGAGGCAGGAGGUGGUGCAGAAGUGGCUGAAGAAACACGGCGAGAGCCAGAGCGUCUCAGCCCCAGGCCACUUGCCUCCUGAGGCCAGUACCCUAGAGAGCAGCAGCCCUGCUGCUGGUUCUUCUGCUGCAGCUGGUAAUUGUCGUGGUAUCACUGUCCAGCAGGGGUCUGUGAGCAGUCAGCCCAAUCCAGGUGUGGGAGACUGUGGCACUGUUCCUAUGAGUCCCAGCUGGGCCAGUAGUAGCCGUGGUGAUGGGGGUCUACAGCGAAGGGCUUCCCAGAAAGAGCUGAGAAAGAGCUUUGCCAGAUCCAAAGCCAUCCACGUCAAUAGGACCUAUGAUGAGCAAGUGACAUCCAGGGCCCAAGAGCCACUGAGCAGUGUGAGGCGGAGGGCACUGCUUCGAAAGGCCAGUUCCCUGCCUCCAACCACUGCCCACAUUCUCAGCGCUCUACUGGAAUCUCGGGUCAACUUACCCCAGUAUCCUCCAACAGCCAUCGACUUCAAGUGUCACCUCAAGCAGCACAACGAGCGCCAGUUCUUCCUGGAGCUGGUCAAGGAGAUUUCCAAUGACUUGGACCUCACUAGCCUAAGCUACAAGAUCCUCAUCUUUGUCUGCCUCAUGGUGGAUGCUGACCGAUGCUCCUUGUUCUUGGUGGAGGGGACAGCCUCAGGCAAGAAGAGCCUGGUUUCUAAAUUCUUUGAUGUGCAUGCUGGGACCCCAUUCCUUCCCUGCAGCAGCACGGAAAACUCUAAUGAGGUGCAAGUGCCUUGGGGAAAAGGCAUCAUUGGCUAUGUUGGGGAACAUGGGGAGACAGUCAACAUUCCUGAUGCUUACAAGGACAGAAGAUUCAAUGAUGAAAUCGACAAGCUGACUGGAUACAAGACGAAGUCAUUGUUAUGCAUGCCGAUCAGGAACAGUGAUGGGGAGAUUAUUGGGGUAGCACAAGCAAUAAACAAAACUCCCGAGGGUGUUCCAUUCACUGAUGAUGAUGAAAAAGUUAUGCAGAUGUAUCUCCCAUUUUGUGGGAUUGCCAUAUCUAAUGCUCAACUAUUUGCUGCCUCAAGGAAGGAGUAUGACAGAAGCAGGGCUCUGCUUGAGGUGGUUAAUGACCUCUUUGAAGAACAAACUGACCUGGAGAAAAUUGUUAAGAAAAUCAUGCACCGGGCCCAGACGCUGUUAAAAUGUGAGCGUUGUUCUGUUUUGCUCCUAGAGGACAUUGAUUCACCAGUGGUGAAGUUUACCAAAUCCUUUGAAUUGAUGUCUCCUAAAUGCAGUGCUGAUACAGAGAACAGUUUCAAAGACAGCAUGGAGAAAUCAUCCUAUUCAGACUGGCUCAUCAAUAAUAGCAUUGCUGAGCUGGUAGCUUCUACAGGCCUUCCAGUGAACGUUACUGAUGCUUAUCAGGAUCCUCGCUUGGAUGCUGAAGCUGACCAGAUAUCUGGCUUUCAUAUAAGAUCAGUGCUUUGUGUCCCUAUUUGGAACAGCAAUCAUCAAAUAAUUGGGGUUGCUCAAGUCUUAAACAGACUCGAUGGGAAACCUUUUGAUGAUGCCGAUCAACGUCUUUUCGAGGCCUUUGUCAUUUUCUGUGGCCUUGGGAUCAAUAACACAAUAAUGUAUGAUCAAGUGAAGAAGUCCUGGGCCAAGCAAUCUGUUGCUCUUGAUGUGCUGUCUUAUCAUGCAACAUGUUCCAAAGCUGAAGUUGACAAAUUUAAGGUCACUGCCCUAAUUCAGGCCAUCAAUCCGUCUCUCCUGGACUAUUGCAAUAGCCUCCUAAUUGGCUCUAAUGCACCAGAUUUUCAGAAGGACACUGAUAACAUAGAGGACAAUCAGGAUGUUGCAGGUAACCAUGCCUUACAAGAAUCUUCUGAAGAAAUGAAGGGUAUUUUGACUGAGGAGAAGAAGCCUCUGCUUUUGUUCAGUCUUUUUUCAACGGCUGGUUUUCAGGAGAUUUUGACUGAGGUGGAAAUUUUAGCCGUGAUUGUGGGCUGCCUAUGUCAUGACCUCGACCACAGGGGAACCAACAAUGCCUUCCAAGCUAAGAGCGGUUCUGCUUUGGCCCAGCUUUAUGGAACUUCUGCCACCUUGGAGCACCAUCACUUUAACCAUGCUGUGAUGAUUCUGCAAAGUGAGGGCCAUAACAUCUUUGCCAAUUUAUCUUCCAAGGAAUACAGUGACCUCAUGCAGCUAUUGAAGCAGUCCAUAUUGGCAACAGACAUAACGCUGUAUUUUGAGAGGAGAACUGAAUUCUUUGAACUUGUCAGUAAAGGGGAUUACAACUGGAAUGUCAAAAACCAGCGUGAUAUAUUUCGAUCAAUGCUAAUGACAGCCUGUGACCUUGGAGCUGUGACCAAACCGUGGGAGAUCUCAAGACAGGUGGCUGAACUAGUAACCAGUGAGUUCUUUGAACAAGGAGACAGAGAGAGAGCUGAACUCAAACUCACCCCAUCAGCCCUUUAUGACAAUAAUGCUCACAAAAAUGCUUUGCCUAGGUGGAUAGAAUGGAUCUCUAAAUUAUGCGUCCCACUGGGUUCUGCCUUAGUAAAAGUAAAUGCGAAGUUAAAGCCUAUGCUGGAUUCCGUUGCUGUGAACAGGAGUAAAUGGGAAGAACUGAAUCAGAAAAUGUUACUUUCUCAGACACCUUCUCAGCCUUCUGCCUCUUCCAGUCUCACUGGGUCAGUAGAAGAUAUCAAUUAA